AUGCUCCUCUUCGUCAUGCCUGUCUUCACGUCUCAGCUUCUCCUCAUUUCCCCAGCAGCCCUCUGCCAGGCCUUACCACCACUACCCGUCCUUACCCCACAAGGCACCUACCACCCAAACACCAGCAUACCAGGCGUAGAGCAAUUCCUCGGCAUCCCCUACGCAGAGCCUCCGCUAGGCGCCUUACGAUUCGCCGACCCACAGCCCUACACAUCGGGCGACCCGUCGCAGCAAAUCGACGCGACGAGCUACGGGCCCGCGUGCCUGCAAGACCGCGCCUUCGAGGCCGCAAACGGCCUGAGCGAGGACUGCCUGACGCUGAACAUCUACCGCCCGACAGCGGCCGCCGUCAACCCCACCCCCAACACCCCCAACAACACCACCAGCUCCUCCCCGCUCCUCCCAGUCCUCAUCUACAUCUACGGCGGCGCCAACAUCGGCGGCCAAUCGCAGCACUACACCGCCUCCAACCUCGUCCUGCACUCGCUCAACCUCCUGCACCCCACCACCACUGCCACCAACACCCCCAAGCCCGUCCUCGCCGUCACCCUCAACUACCGCACCGGCGGCCUCGGCUUCCUGUCCAACACGCUCUUCGCCCGCAACAACCUGCUCAACACCGGUCUAAAAGACCAGCGACUGGCGCUGCGCUGGCUGCGCGCCAACGUCGCGGCCUUUGGCGGCGACCCGCGGCGGAUGGUGAUUUUCGGGCAGAGCGCGGGCAGCUUCGAUGUGUGGACGCAGGUGAGGUAUGAGGCGUACGUUGCUUCCUCCGCCGGCUCCUCCGUUGAAGAGAAGAAAGGUGGUGAUGGUGAGGGUGAUGGCCAGUUGUUCCGCGGCGCGAUAAUGGAGAGCGGGGGGCCUGGCAGCCUCGCGCUGAGGGGCGUGCGGCCGGAGGAGGGGGACGGGUUUCUCGAGGGGAGUUUGAGGGCGUUGGGGUGUCCGUCUGCUGUUGCGAACGGCGGGACGGGGCAGGAGGAGGCGUUGGCGUGUUUGAGGGGGGUGGGGGUGGAGGAGUUGAUGCAGGUUUGGUAUAAUAGCUCGAGUGAGCUGUAUAACACGUUGGACGAGUUUGUGCAGUUGCCGGUUGGGUUCGGGAUAGAUGGCGAGUGGGUGAAGUCGGAGAAUUAUUGGGACGAGGACGCUGCGCAGAUUCCGAUGAUGAUUGGAGAUACCCUGAACGAAGGCAGCUUGUACGGCCGUGUGCCUACCGGUUUGGCGACCAACGAGACCUAUCUGGCUCAAGUUGUUGCGAAAAACCUCCACACCACAGACCUCACCCUCGCCCGCCCCGUGCUUUCCACCUACUACAACCACACCGCCGCCGAAAACGGCCGCGGCUUCGACGCCGACCCCACCGCCCCAGACUCCUACUACAUCGGCGAAGCAGUCCUGGGCGACGCGGUGCAGGACAUCCCACGGCGAAUCAACCUAGGGCGGCACGCUUCCGGCGCGGACGCGCCCAACACGACGACGGCCACCACCACCACCGCUAGCGGCAGUUGCGGCGGCGGCGGCGGCGGCGGCGGCGUCGGGAAGAAAGCAGGAGGAGCAAAGACGUGGGGGUACCGGUGGUCGCAGAAGCCACGGUUGAGCCUGUUUAACGAGCGCUUCUACGGCUUCCCGCCGGACGUGCCGGACGCGAAUAAGAUCCGAGCCGGCGUGUUGCACGCCUCCGAGUUGGGGUCCGUGUUCGGUGACAUUUACGGGUGGCCGGAUGCGGUGGAGCAGGAUAAACAGCUGGCGAGUUUGGUGCAGUCGAUGUGGAUAUCCUUCGCCUACGACCUGGACCCGAACUGCCACGGAAUCCCGGAUGUCCCGCACUGGGAUAAUUACGAUCCUUCGUCAGCCGCCAUCUUCAACUUCGAAAACCAAGGCUCUACGACGCCGGGAAUGAUUCCAGACGACAUGCGCCUGGACAGCUAUGUCUAA